AUGGACGCGUCCCCCGAGCAGCAGGGCGGAGCACCGGUGCUGGUCCGCCGGCGGCCCCCGGCACCCCCGGGCCUGCGCCGGACGCUGAAGGCCAGGCUGCGGCGGAGCUGCGCGUGCAGCGUGCAGGGGGCGCGGGCGCUGCUGCAGGACCUGUUCCCCGCCACGCGCUGGCUGCGCAGGUAUAGCCUGCGGGAGGACCUGGCGGGCGACGUCGUGUCCGGGCUGGUCAUCGGCAUCAUCCUGGUGCCGCAGGCCAUCGCCUACUCGCUGCUGGCCGGGCUGCAGCCCGUCUACAGCCUCUACACGUCCUUCUUCGCCAACCUCAUCUACUUCCUCAUGGGCACCUCCCGCCACGUCUCCGUGGGCAUCUUCAGCCUGCUCUGCCUCAUGGUGGGGCAGGUGGUGGACCGAGAGCUCCUGCUGGCUGGUUUCGACCCCGCCCAGGACGGCCCCGGCCCCGGGAACAGCAGCGGCGCCCUCAACGCCUCAGCUGCCGGCCUGGCACCCGGGCUGCUGGACUGCGGGCGCGACUGCUACGCCAUCCGCGUGGCCACGGCCCUCACGCUGAUGACUGGGAUUUACCAGGUCCUCCUGGGCGUCCUGCGGCUGGGCUUCGUGUCCGCCUACCUCUCGCAGCCACUGCUCGACGGCUUCGCCAUGGGGGCCUCGGUGACCAUCCUGACGUCCCAACUGAGGCACCUGCUGGGCGUGCGGGUGCCCCGGCACCAGGGGCUGGGCCUGGUGGUCCGCACGUGGCUGAGCCUGCUGCAGAGCGCCGGGCAGGCCAACCUGUGUGACGUGCUGACCAGCGCCGUGUGCCUGGCCGUGCUGCUGGCGGCCAGGGAGCUCUCGGACCGCUGCCGGCGCCGCCUGAGGGUGCCGCUGCCCACGGAGCUGCUGGUCAUUGUGGCGGCCACGCUCGUGUCCCACUUCGGGCAGCUCCACGCCCGCUUCGGCUCCAGCGUGGCCGGCGACAUCCCCACCGGCUUCGUGGCCCCCCGGGCGCCGGACCCGGAGCUGAUGUGGCGCGUGGCACUGGACGCUGUGCCCCUGGCCCUCGUGGGCUCCGCCUUCUCCGUCUCGCUGGCGGAGAUGUUUGCCCGCAGCCACGGCUACUCGGUGCGCGCCGACCAGGAGCUGCUGGCCGUGGGCUGCUGCAACGUGCUGCCCGCCUUCUUCCACUGCUUCGCCACCAGCGCCGCCCUGGCCAAGAGCCUGGUGAAGACGGCCACCGGCUGCCGCACGCAGCUGUCCGGCGUGGUCAGCGCCGCCGUGGUGCUGCUGGUGCUGCUGGCCCUGGCGCCGCUGUUCCGGGACCUGCAGCGCUGCGUCCUGGCCUGCGUCAUCAUCGUCAGCCUGCGGGGGGCCCUGCGCAAGGCCGGGGAUGUCCCCCAGCUGUGGCGGCUCAGCCGGGCCGACGCGCUGGUCUGGGUGGCCACGGCGGCCACCUGCGUGCUGGUCAGCACCGAGGGCGGGCUGCUGGCAGGCCUGCUCCUCUCGCUGCUCAGCCUGGCCAGCCGCACCCAGCGCCCCCGCGCCGCCCUGCUGGCCCGCAUCCGGGGCUCCUGCUCCUACGAGGACACGGCGGAGUUCGAGGGCCUGGUCCCCGAGCCCGGGGUGCGGGUGUUCCGCUUCGCAGGGCCGCUCUGCUACACCAACAAGGACUUCUUCCUGAGGUCCCUCUACAGCCUCACGGGGCUGGACGCGGGACGCCUGGCGGCCGGGAGGGCGGAGCGAGGCCCGGGGGCUGGGGUCAGCGAGGGCGGCCCCGUCCAGGACGAGGACCGGGGCCCGGCGAGCAGCACGGCCGCGCUGGUGCCCGCGCCGGCGGCGGGCUUCCACACGGUGGUCAUCGACUGUGCCCCGCUGCUGUUCCUGGACGCGGCCGGCCUGGCCACGCUGCGGGACUUGCGAAGAGAUUACGGGGCGCUGGGCAUUGCCCUGCUGCUGGCCUGCUGCAGCCCCCCGGUGAGGGACGCCCUGCGCAGAGGGGGCUUCCUGGGGCGCGGCCAGGAGGGCGCGGGGGAGGAGGCGCAGCUGCUCCACAGUGUGCACGACGCCGUGCAGGCGGCCCGGGCCCGGCACAGGGAGCGAGCGCCCGCCAGCUCCUCGCUGUAG